AUGUCAACGCAAUACGAACAUAUCCUAACAUCUCGACCAAACCCAUCUGUCGCUCUUAUCACUCUCAACAGGCCAAAAGCUUUGAACGCUUUGAGCACACCGUUAUUCCUUGAAUUAAACAAAGCACUCUUUGAAGCCGAUGCUGACCAGGCUAUUGGUGCUAUUGUCUUGACCGGCUCCGAGAAGGCUUUCGCAGCUGGGGCCGAUAUCAAGGAAAUGAAAGACAAGGAGUUUUCCGACGUAUACAAGAACAACUUCCUAGCAAAUUGGGGCGAACUAUCUAGGCUGAGGAAACCUGUGAUAGCAGCAGUGAGCGGAUACGCACUCGGAGGAGGUUGCGAACUCGCUCUCAUGUGUGACAUUAUUCUCGCGUCUCCUACCGCCAAGUUUGGGCAGCCGGAGAUUAACCUUGGUGUGAUUCCCGGUGGGGGAGGUUCCCAGCGUUUAGUCCGUGCUAUCGGGAAGUCUCGCGCGAUGGAACUCGUUCUCACUGGCCGAAUGGUGUCUGCUCAAGAAGCUGACCAAUGGGGAAUGAUCAGUCGCGUUACCGACAACGUCGUCGAAGAAGCUGUUAAGAUGGCCACAGAGAUCUCAAGUAAAGGUCAAAUAGCGAUACAGGCUGGAAAGGAAGUUGUCAAUGCCGCGUAUGAAUUAACGUUGGCAGAGGGCCUGAGAUUUGAGAGGCGCACUUUCCACGGGCUCUUUGCCACCAAGGAUCAGGAAGAAGGAAUGACUGCCUUUGUAGAGAAGCGAAAGGCCAAUUUCACCCAUCUCUGA